UUUUAAGAAUACAUAAGAUGUAUGGGAAAUGUAUCAGGUUUAUGUCAUCGCUGGACGGAGUGAUGUUUGGACAGAAAUGCGAAGGAUGCUUGUCUAGCGCGUGGGAUGUUGGAUGUUGGAUGUUGAGUUUUGAGCAUCUCAAGUUUUUAAGCAAACACUUGGAGAAGAAAUUUUAAACAGGAAGAUUCGCCAUGGCGUCCCACCACCAUGAACUGCCGGACGACGAGAUUCUUCUGGACCUCUUGCGCCUGAUCGUCACGCGGCACCCGAGUGCCACUUCCGUUAUCGAUGAAGCGUACCAGCACACCCCUCACCUAGCAACCGCCUUCCUGACGUUUAACUUCCGGGAGACGGGCGUCAAUGCGGAGCACGAAUGUCGUUGUCACUACGACCACGAAUAUAUGACGUACAUUACCGACACCGGUAUCAACUUCGAGAGUUUCAGUCAGAUAACCAAGAACGUCAUUCGCGGUAGAUGUCGCCACGCGAAUUCGAACGAUUCACCGGUGACGCCGCAGACGCCGACGUCAUACAUGAUGCCAAAGAUGAUGUCAUCAGAUAUGAGAAACAGAAAUACUCGGAGAUACUCGGUGGAUUUUGAAAUGGGAUGCGGCAGCAGCUGCAGCAGCAACAGCAGUAACAGCAGUUGGUCAAACAGCUGCAAGCGUUUGGUCCAACGGAGAUCAAGCAGCAACCUUAAGUCUUUGGAGAUGAGCGAACACACCAACAACCAUAACCGAGGUGUUUCGAGUAUCAUUUCUCGACGUUCAUCCGCUAGUCUCCGAUCGCUGUCGUUAGAGAUCGAAGAAAGCAUCGGAGAAACGCAGACGAGUCUUAUUCACGCCGCAGCGGCCGUGGGCAACGGUGCCCUUGUGACGUUUUUGCUUAAGUGGGCGAAUGUUAACCUAUUACAAAUAGGCAAAUUUCAGCUUUCUCCGCUCCAUCUUGGGAUCGCAAAACACAAGAUGCCUUACAUCCGGAACAUCAUUCUAAGACCAGAAAUACAUCUCGUCAACCGUCCCGGUGUAUUUAGACACGCGGAAAUCACCAAGGACGGCCGCGGACACACAACACUAGCAGUUAACAAAAUCUCUUUGGUCGGCCUCUGUGUGAAAACAGACGAUUAUGAUACAUUAAGCUCCCUAUUGAAUUCUGGUGUUCUGAGUGAGUUGGCGCUCCAACGCGGUCUCAAAGAGGCGGUGGACGAAGAUUCCCCUGACGCAGUUGACCUUUUGUUCAAACAUGGCGCAAGACCGGAUCUGGAUAUAAUCAAAAGCGCGGCGACCAAGUCAGUGUCCGUAUUCGAAAGCGUUUUCAGGCGAUUCCGGAAAGAUUUCAAGAUAUAUGCGAUUCUCCACCCAGAGCGAAUCACCCGAGAGCUCCUGAUGCCCGCAAUUCUCACGCACAACACGGGCGUCGUCAAACUUCUCGUGCAGAAUGACGUUCCGGUCACAUGUAAGGGUUUCUACCAGCCACUGACGCUGGCGGUCCUUGAGAACCAACCGGAGGUGGCGCGUCUACUUCUCGAGAACCAGGCAGACCGCUCGAUUGAAAUGCAGGGAUGUAACCUCCUGGACAUCUCCGCGUGUUUAGGUUACACGGGGGUCACAGACGUUCUACAAAAAUGUGGGUUUAAACGAAAGAACAAAAGCCCCAAGAUGACCAUUCCCUGUAGCCUUCUAAUAGGCAUCGCAAGCAAGAUGGCGUCAGCCCAGGAUGUCAUCAAGUUAAAACGGCAAUUAGAGCUCAAACAGCAAUCACAUGACGAGGACACCGUUCUUCAUGUUGCCGUUAAGACUCAUUUAAGUAGCCAUCUUAUUGGGGAAUUGCUCAAAAUGGGAUCUGACGUCAAUGCUAAAAAUAAAAAGCAUGAAACGCCACUGAUGGUUGCCGUCUCUAAGGAAGUUUGUGCGGAAUAUGACAUAAUUAGGGAAAUUUUGUUCUAUAAUCCGAUACUGGAGCAGUGUGAUAAGUACGGCAAAACGACAUUGACGCUGGCAAUGUCUCGUGAUCACGCAGAGAGGGGAAAUAACGGAAACAAGAACAGUAGCCCUAGCAGCGAAGACCUGUCCAAUUCAGUAGCGACGUUGUUAUUGGACUGUGGCUAUAACGUCAAAUAUGACGACGUCAGAAAGCCGCAUCAUACGGUGUACGCGUUGCGUGCUGUAUGGAAAGAUCUAGCGGCAACGAUCGGAUGUGGGCGUGAUGGAAUGUACGUUCAGCAGAAUCCGAAGACGUUACAAACACGUUGCCGCGAGGUUUUACGUCGUUCACAGCCUGGCAUUCAUCUCCACAGGUAUUUGGAUACAAUGAAGGUACCACAGGAUAUCAAAGACUUUGUCCUCAUGGUUGAGCUUCUUAAUAUCCAUAAAUAGCUCACAAAGAGUGAUCGUUCAUUGAAGAUCGAUGUUUCAAGUGUUAUCUUUACGUUGAUAUGUUAAGUUGUUCAGUCAAAUUCCUAGUGGGAAUAAAUAUAAUAGACACUCGCAGUCUCAUUACUGUAAAAAGUGCGAACAAUGUUUCCUAUUGCAUGUACUGGUUAAUCACUUAAUAUCCUGGAUUUCAGGGUAUCAAUACAAUUUAAAAUACUUCAUUAAACUAAAUGAGUGUUAGUCUGCAGUGUUUUAGUCCAUAGUGUUUGACCAUUGUGUAAGUUUGGUUCGUCGGUCGGUCGGGCAAACUGGCGGGCGUCAGAGAGGUGGUAUCUGUUCGAUAAUUUGAGUAAGAAUUGACGAGACGAGAAAUGAUUUGUUUGGUGCGUAGGAAGCGUAUUCAUAUGAGGAUGAACCUCCUUGAGGCUGCUAUUUAGGGUUUGUGGAGUGAAGGUCGAUGAACCCCAAACUAGAAAAAAAAGUUCUUUUCAAUCGCUUUAGUUUCGUGUGACAUCAUUAUGUAGUGAGAAACUUUGUACUUCAAACGCAGAAAACAACAUCAUUAUUGGUACCCAGGCUAUUCAAAACGUAUUACUUCAUUGAAAUACCACUGACUUCAGAAACAACGUACUGUCAAAAUAAUGAGGUGAAAACGGGACGUUUGAUCGGACGCAUGGAAAACCACCUCAGGCAAUUUAGAAAUUACAGUGAAAUUAAUGAAUAUUCAUGAAUUACGAGGUUUCGCUAGUCUAUUUUCCCACAGUUUUUUUCGGUAGAGUAAUAUGAAAAAUAAUAGAACAGAACAGAGCAAAACAGAACAGAACACUUAUUUAACUUAAACAUUACAAGCUUGCAUGUGUCAUCGUUGUUACAGCGCGGGGCCGACGGUGGGCUAAUUAAGCUCACGUGGACUUAAAGACUUACCUUAGAAUAUAAUUUGACAUUGAUAAAAGCAGGAUGAAAGUCGCUACUUGAAUUAAGAUACUUAAUGUGUUGAUGGGCCAAAAAGUCAAUAAUACUUAUUACACAAACAGAAGAGACGUGGUUUCUUUGCAUGGCGGUAUCGUUAAUAUUUAAUAAGUGUCUUUGGAUGAUACGCAAUGCUUUAUAUGGCAAAAUUUUGUGUUAGAGGAGUUAUUCAAUGCAAAGUUGUAUGUGUUAUAAUCGUUAUUUAAAUGUUAAUCGCAUGAAUUGCUUGUCUUGUUUCUGUAUUUUCCAUUUUUUGUGUUUGUUUGCAUUGUUCAUAGGUAAUAUUAAACCCGGCAUAAAUGUGCUACACAGUCAAUGCAUGUGUAUUUAAAUCAAUGUGUACUGUCGCAUUAUUUCAAUUAAGAUAAAUUAUGACAUUUAUCUUAAUACUGUCUUAAACAAUCGGUUACGAACGUUGGGCAAGCGGUCAUGUAUGUUAGGCAAGUGGUUUUUAAUCAAACAAUCAUAACCAGAAUACAAUAAAUCAUAUUGACCGUAAAACGGUCAUUUUUACGUAUGUCUGUCAUAUUUUGUCUCGUUAAUUGCUUAAA